AAGUCGUCAAUCGUCAUACGGUACACGACUGUCGCGGAAUAAAGACGUGAAUUCUGUGUGUUAGAAAAAAAUAGUGAUAUUAAAAAUGAAGUUAGCGCCGUUCGAUUUUAUGAAUGAAAAUUAUCACGCGGGACAUUUGUGUUUGCAUGUGUUCAAAAGUCGACCCGAAGCUGUGUGCCAGAUAGACGCAGCCACAGGAGAGAGUGAGACAAAUGCAUCAGUACUAGCACGCUCGGUACAAUUAGCACGAUGCUUCAGAAAACUAGGAGUGAAGCCCGGAGAUGUCCUCGCUUUGGGAGGAAGGAAUCAUUUAGAUCUGCACAUACCAUACUACUCAGCCCUGAUGACGGGCAUGCCGAUUGCUGGAGUAGACCCUAUGUUUAAGUACACGGAACUGAAGACAUUCCUCAAGAUAGCGAAGCCAAGAAUAGCAUUCUGUCAGAAGGAGCUAUUGGAGACACACGAGAGGGUUGUCGAGGAGUUGGAGCUAAACACAGAGAUCAUCUGUUUUGAUGAGGGAAGGCGGUCCCUGGCCAGCUUCAUCGAGAAAUAUGAUGAUAAGGAUGAUCACGAGGAAUUUCUACCAACAGUAUUUGACAGAAACAAAGUAUACAUGUGGCUGAUCAGCACCGGAGGUACGUCAGGAGUCAUCAAACUAGCUGCCUUCACUCACACCGUGUUCUUGAAGAAAUUGGAACUGCUGGGCAAACUAUUCUCAACUUCCUCACAGCACUUUACUGAACGCAAAGGCGAGAACAAGAUGGGUUUGAACCUGUCGCCAGUGCAGUGGGUGUCGGGCAUGUUCAACGCGAUCUCCAUGCCGAUGCUGCAGCAGAUCAAGCUGCAGACCUCGAACCCACCCACCACGGACCAUAUUAUUGAUAUGAUCAAUAAGUAUAAGCCAGUAUCAGCGAUGAUGAGUCCCAUCAUAGCAACAGCUAUAAUGAAGAGUGAGAAGAAAUGUGACUUCUCCAGCUUCAAUCAACUUGUGUUGUCCGGAGGGAAAGUACAUAAGGACGUCCAUAUUGAAAUUAGGAAACGAGUUAGACCGGGAGUCCCAGUAAUGGAGAUGUACGGUCAGACUGAGAACUUGGGACCCAUACUCAUGGCCUGCCCAAAUGGACCACUGGGUAAUUGUGGGAAAUCGGGUCCAUUAAUGCCUGAAGUUAAGUUAAUAGACCCAGAAACUGGUAAAGAGAUAACAGAACCGAACGUGCCAGGAGAAAUGUGCACCAAGAACGUCAGCAUGUCGGAAUACUACAACAACCCAGAAGAGACGGCGAACUCCUUCACAGAAGAUGGCUGGUAUAGGACUGGAGACAUUCUGUAUAGAGACGAGGAAGGACACUACUUCUUUGUGGAACGACUGAAGAUGCUCAUCAAGUAUAGAAUGUAUCAUAUAGUUCCCCCAGAAAUAGAGGCAGUAAUUCGCGAGCACCCUGGAGUGCAGGAAGUCAGUGUGACCAGCAUCCCUAACGAGGACGAUGGGGAACAUGUCGUAGCCUGCGUGAUGAGGAAGCCAGGGUCCAACAUUACUGCAGACGAGAUCAAGGAGCUCGUUGCUGAUAAACUAUCGGACUCCCAAAGACUGCGAGGCGGUGUGAUCUUCAUGGACCAGCUCCCCAUGACCUCUUCAGGGAAGAUUGCAAGAGGGAAGCUGAGGACUUUAGUCCAGACACUACCCAGAGAAUAGGACAUUCCUACCUACAAAUAGUUUAAAUCUUGUUACAUAUAGAUAAGGUGAUCUAUAAAGUGUUCUACAAUUAUCUGCCACGGCUUUAAUGGGAGGUAGUGUUGUGUUUAAAGAUUACAAAAGUAAAUAUAAAUUAUUGAGUGAAUUUUUCUUUUCGUACAAAAAUAUCAACUUUUGAGUUUUAUAUGAAAGCGCUAUCUCUUACUGUCUCUGUCACACCGUAUAGCAAUUUUAUUCAUUGAAGAAAGCGUCGCAUCGUGCGUAUUUGCAAACUACGUUAUGCAGAGUAGUAUCAAUGUUUAACUUCUUUAUGUUCUCAAAUUGAAUUAACUGGUCCGGGGUACGAAAUUUCUUCACUAUUGUAAUCUUCAAACAUAACACUACUAGA